CGUCGUAGCUUCUUGGUCUCCUGUCCGCGGAGCCCGGCGGGACCGGGACUCCCGUCCGUGCCGGUGCGGGCGCCGGCAUGUGGCUCUGGGAGGAACAGGGGGGCCUCAUGGGCCCCUUCUCCUUCCUGAUGCUGGUGCUGCUGCUGGUGACGCGCAGUCCCUUCAAUGCCUGCCUCUUCACCGGCAGCCUCUACCUCCUGCUGCGCCUCUUCAGCUUUGAGCCGGUGCCCUCCCUCAGGACCAUGCAGGUGCUCAGGCCCCGGGACCGCGUCUCCGCCAUCGCCCACCGCGGCGGCAGCCACGACGCGCCCGAGAACACGCUGGCGGCCAUUCGGCAGGCAGCUAAGAAUGGAGCAACAGGCGUGGAGUUGGACCUUGAGUUUACUUCUGAUGGGAUUCCUGUCUUAAUGCACGAUAGCACAGUAGAUAGGACAACUGAUGGCACCGGUCGAUUGUGUGAUUUGACAUUUGAACAAAUUAGGAAGCUUAAUCCUGCAGCAAAUCACAGAUUAAGGAAUGAUUUCCCUGAUGAAAAGAUUCCUACCCUGAGAGAAGCUGUUGCAGAGUGCCUAGACCAUAACCUCACAAUCUUCUUUGAUGUCAAAGGCCAUGCAAAUAUGGUACAGUUUAUACCAUAAACUUUACCACUUUGGAAAAGACAGCUUUAUUUAAGUGCUAGUUUGUUCCAAAAUUAACUAUAUAUUUUAUUUUUUAUAUUCUUAAAUUAUUUUUACAAAUUAUAUUUGCUUAAUGGAAGUUUACAGUGCAAAAAUCCACAUCUUCAAGGAAACAGUAAAUUAUGGAACCUUUUUAACCUUUUAACCUUUGAUGGAACCAUUUAACAAUUCCCAGUAUUCAACAAUUAGCACAGAAUAGAAGAGUCAGGUUUCUUUUAUUUGCAUAAAACAUUUACAAAAGAUAUUAAAUAAACAGUAAAGAGGCACUUCUUGAACAGACCAUUUAAGUAACCUCAUAAAAAGGGCUCCAGGAGUUGGAUACAAGACCAGUUACAUCUGGCUGAUAAGAGUCUUAGACAACUCUGGACUGAAUUUAAAG